CAGGCCCCAACCUUAGCCACAAAGUUCUGGUAUUCACUGGCUAUUCACUGGCAUCUUGAAUAGAUAGAUGAUUGUGAAUGCAUGAAUUUAAAGAUUCAUUACGUGAAAAAGUACAUUUUCAGUAUCUUUAAAUAUUGACCGUACCAUUCUAAAAUGAGUAAAAGAGCACUACAAAACCCUUCUUAAUGUGCAAUUUUAGUAAAAUCAUCCAAAUUUAUUGACAAAUAUUUAUUGAAAGAGCUACAAUUUACUAAAGAAGAACUGUACUUGUGACCUGGCUCAUUUAAGUUUAGAGUUCUGUGUACUGGAGAUUUAGUGAGUCAAAGAAAGUAAGUGCUUGAAAGGGGAAUUGAGAAAGAAAUGGGAUUCUAAAAAAGAAGAUUUUGAAAGGAAUUUGUUGAACAGAGGAUCCAAUGUCUAAUUUUUUCAAUUUUAUUCCAUUUCUCCUGCUCAAAAUUUUUCCCCGGUACUUUUUUUCUUCAACUUCUUGAAGCUCUAUUACACAUUGUAAGAGUUUCGAACAAAGAACAAACUUCAAUGAUUUUAUAGAGAAAAUAAAUGAGUUCAAUUUGCCAAAUCUCAGCAAGUAUUGGUUGGGUUCGAAUGUUUCAUGAUACCUAGACUGUUUUAUGUUAUUUAAGAUCUUGUUCUGCGUCAUCAAAAUUUAAAAAGAUUGUCAAAAUAUAGUUCAAUGACGUCAUGAAAAUAAAUAAAAAUUAAGUCAAAAUUCGUUUACUGUCAAUGAGAAUUAGCUUCGUUUAAAGGCCACAAAAAUCUAAUAUGCCAAAGACAUGUUUUCAUAACACCAGACUAUAAAUCAGCAAUGAGCGACAAAUGUGUUUCAAUUUUAGACUUCAACAUUGAUAUGGAAUGUGUUACUUGCUGAACUGAAUUUAGGCACAAAUUGAAUCAGUGGAUUGCCAAACAGUAAACCUGAUUAGGGUUUGUACGUUGCUAACAGGAGCGAAUAACUUGGUUUUAAAUUCUUUUUUCAGAGUUUCGGAUCAGACAACAUAGAAACUGGUGGCUUAAUUCCGACAGCUAAAAUUGUUCUCUUAAGAGCUAGGAUUCUGAAUAAAUAACAAUAGGUAAACCAAUUGCGGUCAAAACCCCAAAGGCGAUUCAUUUCGUCACUUAGUAAUAUUAAAUGCUAAAAGGAGAGUAAUCCUGCCAGUUUAAGCCAGUCUCGUUGUAUGCUUUCAUGGUCAUCCCUAAUUUCCAUUAACAUCGCCACUCAUUCUCUUAUUGUUGAAUACAUACAGCAUAAACAUAUAAAUACAAGGUAAUUUAACCUUUAAUCAAAUUCUAACCAGAAGGUUUCUUCUCUGCUAGUCAUUUCUGUCUUGGACCAUUUAAGCAAUAAACAUGACCUUGGCUACUCAAGCGAUCUACAACUAAAUAACAAAAUCUUCGGUUACUCUACACUAAACCAUCGGCUUGAUUGCAAGAAGAGUGUCCCUGAGGAGUCAGAACCGAAAUCGAGCAAAAAUCUGCUGGUGCGGAUAGACAUAUAGCUCAGAAAUGGUUGAAAACAUGACAAGACUUAAUCACUUAAAAUCUUUUGCCACUGCAGUCGCUAAUGAGUCGUCAAGAUAUGAUUUUCAAAGGCCAGUUGGAAAGUACGAAGUUGGAUAUCACACCUUUCUGGUUGCUUUGGCAAUAAUGAUAAUUCUGCACAACCUUGUUGUCAUAAUCCUCUACUCAAAGAAGAGGUCCUUACGCAACUCAACCAAUAUGCUACUAGCAAGUACGGCCUGUGCUGAUACACUCACUGGAGUCCUCUUGAUUCCUCUCGUUAUUUGCUCCGCUGCUCUCUUUAACCGCGGUAGAAACUUACGUAUACUGUAUUUCACCUCAACAGUAAUCACUGAUUUGGUAAACCUUGCGAUAGCACUCAACAUUCUUAUGGUGACGUUGGAGCGGUACAUUUCUCUAUGUCAUCCCUACAUUCAUCCGCAAGUGGCAAGAAAGUCGGUUAUUAGAGGUUUGAUAGGCAGUGUAUGGUUGAUUGCUUUUCUUCUUGCGAUUAUCCAAUUGAUUUGGAGCUAUCCCUCACUGGUUGGGGAAGAGACCGGAGACAUUAGCGACAUAUACAAAACAUAUUCCCUUACCCUUUUAAUAGGGGUAUUUUUUGUUCCAUCCCUAAUAAUGAUUUUCUGCCUUGUCUCCAUGUUUACUGUUCUUAAACGCUUUGUCAAGGAAGACACUUUGCGUGGUCUGCCAAAAAAUAAGGGAGCUCGCUCACAGCGAAAAGCAGUCUUGGUUUUCUUUGCAAUGUUUGUGAAUAUCUUCGUCUGCUGGUCACCACUAAUGUGCAUAAGACUGGUUAUGGAUAACAAGGAAGAUUUCAGGCCAAACGAAGAGAUUCUUGAACUCUUGUUCGCGCUUCGCUGUUGCUCGUCACUGUUUGAUCCAGCUAUUUAUGUGUGGUGCAAAAAAGAUUUCAAAAGAGCUUUCAUCAGGUCAAUGUGUCACAAAAGUGCAUCAAGGAAGGCUGUGGCAACGAGUGCACCCAACACCCAAGAUAAUGGAAUAACAAUGAAGGAAUCUCUCUUGUAACUUUGACUAUGAAAUUUUUGAUGAAAUAAGUUAUAACGUAUUUCCUCGAAAAGAAGUAGCAUCUUUAUCUGUUUGGUAUCGGCUUGCUUUUUAGAUGAAAAAUAAAAAACAGAAUUAGAAGAAUACCACCAAGUUUUCAAAAUGUUCGUAAAAUAUUCUGAAAACCUUACUAUUUGCGGGUAUUUUAUGAGAACGGUCGUGUCAGGACCUCGGUAGCGCACCAUUAACAAGUGGCAGUAUGCAAAGUGCCCCCCUCGUGAAAAGACAUGUAACAGCUAAGCCACAAAAAGUUUGACAAAUAAAUAUAAUUGCAGUAUCAUCACAAUAUAUUGCCAGGCUUUCGUCUUUCCUAUCGGUAUGUACAUAAUCAAUCUAACUUUCAAAGAAGUGCUUAUAAAUUAAAACCUUGCGUACCUUCUAAGAUGUCAAGAAGUAUAACCCUUUUCUUAGAAUCAUAGAUGGAGAAAAUCAUUGAAGGAAAAACGCUACACUAUUUGCAUUAGUAUUUGUUGUUACCUAGCAUCCGUUUAUAGAUAGUUUUCAGGACACUGAGAAGCUAUGCUUAUCGAGCAGUGUCCUGGUCCUUCCUCUUGAUGUGACCACACCUCGUGAUUCCUACGCCUGGAAUUACAGAGAGCUGGUGACUCUCCCCAUUCUGGGUGAAAGUUUGGUCAUGCCAGGGACUCGAACCACGGACCCUUGGGUUUGAAGUCAGCACCUCUAACAACUGAGCCAUCCUCGCACACUAUGUACCACAUUUUACCAUUUUGUUUGUGAAGUUGAAAUUUGCAUAAGAAACAAUGGAAUAAUAACUCGCACUACUUCAGGAUGGAUUGUCACUAUAUUACUUAAGUCAAUAAAUUUGUGUUUUCUUGAAAUCUUAGAGAGUAAAUGUAAAUAUAUAAAGCAACAAGUUUGUAAAUAUACUGUAUCAUAGUUCUAAAAGUUGAGGCUUAUAUUAUAGCUUAAUGUUUAGUUGGCUUGAUCAUGACCACUUCUAUAUGUUUAUUGUUUAUUGUAUAAAACUUUGUUUAUUGUAUAAAAGUGGGAUUUUUUCUGCUAGGAAAUUUGGUUUUAAGUUAGCUCUAGAUAAGAUUGAGCAAUCAUUCUACAAUAGCUUAAAAGAAUUGGAUAACCAAUGCAGUGGCAGAAUUUUUCGGUGGUGGGGGAAAGUACAGUGAAUUUUCCGAUGAAUGUUUGAGCAACCUUUGCUAUUCUCUAUGCCAAAUUUAUCCAACUCUCGAGUUGAACUUUACGGUUCACAUUUUUAGGACUGGAAUGGCCACCCAAGCCCCUGCAAUUUCUGCCAAUGAGCCAGUAAACUAGCAAGUUAUAAAUAGUGAUUAUAUUUAAUUUAUUUGGCUAGGUGCGGUUUUUUUUAAAUAACUCGAGAAACUAUUGUACCCACGGUACAGCAGUUGCAAAGGUUUUUAUUCGGUGUUAAAAUUUAGGAAAAAAGAUAUAUUGAGAAUUACUGAAGUUAGUUAUAGUUUCUGCAUCUCUCAUUACUUUAAUGAAAGUCGGUGGAGACAGGAUCAACUGCCCAUUAAAGCCUUUAAACGGCUUGAUAAAAGGUUUUUUAAUUUUUUGGAUUCAGCGAGUAGUGGGUUUCUGGAUAACAAUAUUAUCUGUGAAUCGGAUCUAGUCCCGAUUCAUCGUAAGUGAUCUGUUUUCGUCCUUGGAAAGAGCGAUGAGAUCUGGAAGAAGUCGUCGAUAAGAUGUAUUCGAUGUAUGACAACAGGAAAUAAAGCCAUCGAACUGCAGAAAAUUUGCCUAAAACGUCAUGAAGUGUGAGGUGUAAAAUACCCGAGGUUGUUUAUUAUCAUUGUGUU